ACCUCUUAUAUUUUGGCUCUCUCUCUCGCCAGUCGCCUCCUCACUUUAACCUGAUUUCCUCCCGAUCUCCACCAACUACAGCACCACUGAUCCAUCAAGAGAGAGAAAAAACAUGGCUAGAACCAUUGACACUAGCCAUUCUCUUCUUCGCCUCCUCCUCCUCCUCCUCCUCCUCGCUGCCGGAGCCGGCCUUGUCUCCGCCACCGACCACAUUGUCGGCGGCCACCUCGGCUGGAAUCCCAACAUCAACUACACCCUCUGGUCCAACAAUCAAACCUUCUUCGUCAACGAUCUCAUCUCUUUCAGGUACCAGAAGAACAUGUACAACGUGUUCGAGGUGAACAAGACGGGCUACGACAACUGCACAAUGGAUGGGGUCGCCGGAAAUUGGAGCUCCGGUAAGGAUUUCAUCACCCUAACUAGACCUGGAGAGUAUUACUUCAUUUGCGGCAAUGGCCUUUGCUUCUCCGGCAUGAAGGUUUCCAUCAAGGUCAUUCCUCUUCCUUCCCCGCCUGUCUCACCCUCUCAUUCCCCUUCUGGACACUCUCCGUCCGCCGCUGGAUCUUAUCGGGCGCCGCUCGCCGGGCUCUUUGCCAUUGCUGUAUGGAUCGGCUUCUGGAUCUGAGAAGCAACUGUUUCCCUCUCUCUCUCUCUCUCUCAUAUUUUAAUUUAAUUAAUCCGUUAUUUAUGCAAGAGAUAAUUUGUUGUGUCGAUUGCUUUAAAAGAUUUUGUUUUAGAA